CCCCAUAUCUAUCCCCCACCACUUGUUCACUUUACCAUUCAACAAAACCAUUCCAUUUUUCUUCUCUAUCUUAAACCUUGUUGUUUUGUUCCAAAAGAUGAGUAACAACAACAUUGCAGAAAGCUCAAACACCCAAAACCCAAUCCUCAAAUUGCUAGAUUGUUCCCUUAGGGUUUCAGUGAUUCCACUAAGUGUUGCAACCAUUUGGUUAACUGUAACUAACAAGCAAGACAACAGCAUCUACGGAGAUGUCAAAUUCAACAAUCUUUUGGGUCUCAAAUACAUGGUUUGCACCAGCGCCAUAUGUGCUGCUUAUGCUUUAUUUGCUGCCAUUGCCUCUUGGAUCAGAUAUUUUGUCACUAAAGCUUGGCUCUUCUUUGUCUCUGAUCAGAUUGUAGCAUAUUUAAUGGUGACAUCAGGGGCAGCAGUGAUGGAAAUAUUGUACUUAGCAUAUAAUGGGGACCAAAAAGUCACGUGGAGUGAAGCCUGCGAUAGUUAUGGCAAAUUCUGCAAUAAAAUGAAAGUAGCUUUGAUCCUCCAUGCCUUGGCUGUUUGCUGCUUCAUGGUUUUGGCUCUCAUCUCUGCUUAUAGGGUUUUUAGCAAAUUUGACCCUCCUUUUUUUUCUAAACAAGAUAAUGAAGAAAGGACUUAAUUGCAAAAUGGCACAAACAUUUGGCUUUGUUUUGCAUUAAUAUAUAUACUCUUUAUAGAUGCUUUGGGGUUUAAACUAAUAAGUGGAUUAUAUUCCAUAGAGAGGUAUGUAUUAUAUGGGAAAUUACCUGAUGUGAGCGUUGAAUACGAAUGUUUUUAUAUGAAUAUUAUCAAUUAUUUUAAA